AAAGGUUGAGAAGUUCUCAACUGAGGACAUUCAAGUGGACUGUAAUCUCAACAGAAAAGCAGGACGAAGACACAAAUGAAAUGGAAGAAGACGCCCAUCACACCGAAGCAGCAAUGUCCUCUGCUCUUGAAACAGCAACAGAUAGAGAUUCUCCACAACCGCUGACAAUAAGCAGCAAGUUACUGAGAAUGCUGGAGAUAGCAUCCAGCUGGCCGCCUGCAUUCGAUCAAAUGCAGAACAAUGAAGAAGUGUUUGACGCACAUGAUGGUGCUGUUAGUGAAGCGCCAAGAACGAAAAGACAAAUCCAGUAUCCUGAGCAGUCAACAGAAUUUAACAGCCGAUUUACCAAAACUGGUCGUCGCUCUCUGUCUCGCUCCAUUUCUCAGUCAUCCACAGACAGCUCAGCUGAUCUUCAUUUAGGAGACUCUGAUACAGAAUUUGCAGAGGAUGAAGUGUCUCCUCGAGACCGGCAGCAGAUCAACUCCAAAGGAAAAAGUGAUUUCUGUAUCAAGAACAUCAAGCUGGCAGACUUCGGGCGUCGAGAGAUACAGCUUGCUGAGGAAGAGAUGACGGCAUUAACGGCUCUAAGAAAAGCAGCGCAGGGAGAGAAGCCACUGGCAGGAGCUAAAAUAAUAGGCUGCACUCAUAUUACUGCUCAGACAGCUGUGCUGUUCGAGACGCUGGCAGUGUUAGGGGCACAGUUCAGGUGGGCGGCCUGCAAUAUUUACUCCACCCAGAAUGAAGUGGCAGCUGCUUUAGCAGAGCAAGAUUUUCCAGUGUUUGCGUGGAAGGGUGAAUCCGAGGAUGAUUUCUGGUGGUGUAUUGAUCGCUGUGUAGAUCUGGAGGGCUGGGAGCCAAACAUGAUCCUCGACGAUGGAGGAGACAUGACACAUUGGAUUUAUAAGAAAUACCCUCAACUCUUUAAGAAAGUCAAGGGUGUUGUUGAAGAGAGCAUCACUGGAAUCCACAGGCUUCAUCACCUGUCCAAAGCCGGAAAGCUCUGUGUGCCAGCCAUGAAUGUCAAUGACUCGGUUACGAAACAGAAGUUUGACAACCUGUACUGCUGCAGGGAGUCCAUUCUCGAUAGUCUCAGAAAGACAGCUGAUGUGAUGUUUGGAGGGAGACAGGUGCUUGUGUGUGGAUAUGGAGAGGUGGGAAAAGGUUGCUCUGCCGCUUUGAAAUCUAUGGGUUCUCUUGUGUGUGUAACAGAGAUCGACCCCAUUUGCGCUCUACAAGCAUGCAUGGAUGGCUUUCGACUGGUCAGACUAAGCGAUGUUAUCCGACAAGUGGACAUUGUUAUCACCUGCACAGGCAACAAAAACGUCGUUGCGAGGGAACACAUGGACUUAAUGAAAAAUGGCUGUAUUGUUUGUAACAUGGGACGGUCCAAUACAGAAAUCGACGUGGCAAGUUUGGGAACCCCAGAGUUGGUGUGGCUGCAUGUGAGAGAACAGGUGGACCACAUUAUUUGGCCUGAUGGCAAGAGAAUUGUUCUUCUAGCAGAGGGCCGUGUUCUUAAUCUGAGCUGCUCAACUGUACCCAGAUACGUGCUCUCCAUCACAGCCACUACACAGGCUUUGGCACUGAUCGAGCUCUUCAACGCCCCCCAUGGCCGUUACAAACAAGAUGUCUACCUUCUUCCCAAGAAGCUGGAUGAGUAUGUUGCAAGCCUGCACCUUCAGACCUUUGACGCACACCUGACUGACCUCACAGAUGAUCAGGCCAAAUAUCUGGGAUUGAACAAAUAUGGACCCUUCAAACCCAGUUAUUACAGAUAUUAGCAAAGAUGGAGAAAUCUUGGUAUAUUUCAUCAUAUUUAUUAAAGGAUCUGUGGGAAUAAAAGUACAGAAGACUUGACUUGGAUUCUAUCUCUUCUACUGCACACAAUAUUAUAUCAGUGUACAGAUCAGAUCUAUUAUGUUCUUGCUGUUUCUGUUCACCUUUCUCAGGAUUCUGAGAUUUUAUUUCUAACAUGCACCACAUGUAUAAUUUAACUAGUUUGAAGAAAAGAAACUUAUUUACCAAGUUCUGGAAUAAAAUACCAACAGAAAACAUUCUUUUAGAGUUUUUUCUUUAAAGUGUUUCUUCUAGGAUGAAAAAUUAAAGAAACAUGUUUGAUAUAAAGUGCUUUACAUUUCCCUAAUAAUUAAUGAUUUUUUGAUAACACUAUUCCCAUGAGACACUAUUCCAUUGUAUGGAAAAGUAUGAAGAGUUAAUUCGCAAAAAAUUUGUUUUUUAUUGUUAUCGUGUUUUUACUGUAUUGUGUUUUAUUGUGUAAGUUAGCUGUAUUUUUUUGUUAUUACUUAAUCAAAACACCCAAACAACAGCAGUUUGAUAUUACUUGGAAUGCACAAUAAAAAAAAACUUGAUUUUUGAAAAUUAGGAGUUAACUAUAACUCUUAAUAUAAAGUGUUUUUCCAUUGUACCCUGGCUAGGGGUGCGCUGUUUUUAUUCCUCAUACAUCUUCACAAUUGCAUGGAAUUCAGUCUCUAUGACAGCUGUAGCUUUAAGAAAAGUAAGCUGAUCCGCGAUAUGUUACCACUCCCCAUCUUUUAAACUGAUAUGAUCACAAUAA